AUGUCAGCUCCUUGCCUGGACUUUGGGGAGGUGGAAAGUUUCCUGGACAGGCACCCAGAUCUUUUCGAAGACUAUUUGAUGAGGAAGGGGAGGCAGGAGCAGGUGCAGAAGUGGCUGAAGAAGCAUGACCAAAAUCAGAGGGUCUCAACCGCAGGCCACUUUGCUUCUGAGGCCAGGACCCUCGAGAGCAGUGCUGCUGCUGCUGCUAGUGGUGGUACUUGUGGUGUCUCCGUCCAUCAGGGGUCUGUGAACAGUCAGCCCAGUGCAGGUGUGGGAGAUGGUAGCAACGUUCCCAUGAGUCCCAACUGGGCCAGUAGUAGCCGUGGAGGAGAUGGGGGCCUACAGCGGAGGGCUUCCCAGAAAGAGCUGAGAAAGAGCUUUGCCCGGUCCAAAGCCAUCCACGUGAAUAGGACCUAUGAUGAGCAAGUGACAUCCAGGGCCCAAGAGCCACUGAGCAGCGUGAGGCGCAGGGCCCUGCUCCGAAAGGCCAGCUCCCUGCCUCCAACCACUGCCCACAUUCUCAGCGCCCUCCUGGAGUCUCGGGUGAACUUACCCCAAUAUCCUCCAACGGCUAUUGACUACAAGUGCCACCUUAAGCAGAACAACGAACGCCAGUUCUUCCUGGAGCUGGUCAAGGAGAUUUCCAACGACCUGGACCUCACCAGUCUCAGCUACAAGAUCCUCAUCUUUGUCUGCCUCAUGGUGGAUGCUGACCGAUGCUCCCUGUUCUUGGUGGAGGGGACAGCCUCAGGCAAGAAGAGCCUGGUCUCUAAGUUCUUUGAUGUGCAUGCUGGGACCCCAUUCCUUCCCUGCAGCAGCACUGAGAACUCUAAUGAGGUGCAGGUGCCUUGGGGAAAAGGCAUCAUUGGCUAUGUUGGGGAACAUGGGGAGACAGUCAACAUUCCUGAUGCUUACAAGGACCGAAGAUUCAAUGAUGAAAUUGACAAGCUGACUGGAUACAAGACAAAGUCAUUGUUGUGUAUGCCAAUCAGAAACAGUGAUGGGGAGAUCAUUGGUGUAGCACAAGCAAUAAACAAAACUCCCGAGGGUGUUCCCUUCACUGACGACGAUGAAAAGGUUAUGCAGAUGUAUCUCCCAUUUUGCGGGAUUGCCAUAGCUAAUGCUCAACUAUUUGCUGCCUCAAGGAAGGAAUAUGACAGAAGCAGGGCACUGCUCGAGGUGGUUAAUGACCUCUUUGAAGAACAAACUGACCUGGAGAAAAUUGUUAAGAAAAUCAUGCACCGGGCCCAGACGCUGUUAAAAUGUGAGCGUUGUUCAGUCUUGCUCCUAGAGGACAUUGAAUCACCAGUGGUGAAGUUUACCAAAUCCUUUGAAUUGAUGUCUCCCAAAUGCAGUGCUGAUGCAGAGAACAGUUUCAAAGACAGCAUGGAGAAAUCUUCUUAUUCAGACUGGCUUAUCAAUAAUAGCAUUGCUGAGCUGGUAGCUUCCACGGGCCUUCCAGUGAACAUUACUGAUGCUUAUCAGGAUCCUCGCUUGGAUGCCGAAGCUGACCAGAUAUCUGGCUUUCAUAUAAGAUCUGUGCUCUGUGUCCCUAUUUGGAACAGCAAUCACCAAAUAAUUGGGGUUGCUCAAGUCUUAAAUAGACUCGAUGGGAAACCUUUUGAUGAUGCUGAUCAACGACUUUUCGAGGCUUUUGUCAUUUUUUGUGGCCUUGGGAUCAACAACACAAUAAUGUAUGAUCAAGUAAAGAAGUCCUGGGCCAAGCAAUCUGUUGCUCUUGAUGUGCUGUCUUAUCAUGCAACAUGUUCAAAAGCCGAAGUUGACAAAUUUAAGGCGGCCAACAUCCCUCUGGUGUCAGAGCUUGCCAUAGAUGACAUACAUUUUGAUGACUUUUCCCUUGAUGUUGAUGCCAUGAUCACUGCUGCUCUGCGGAUGUUCAUGGAGCUGGGGAUGGUGCAGAAAUUUAAAAUUGACUAUGAGACACUAUGUAGGUGGCUUCUGACAGUGAGAAAGAAUUAUCGAAUGGUACUGUACCACAAUUGGAGACAUGCUUUCAAUGUGUGCCAGCUGAUGUUUGCGAUGCUAACCACGGCUGGGUUUCAGGAGAUUUUGACUGAGGUGGAAAUUUUAGCGGUGAUUGUGGGCUGCCUAUGUCAUGACCUCGACCACAGGGGAACCAACAAUGCCUUCCAAGCUAAGAGUGGAUCUGCUUUGGCCCAGCUUUAUGGAACUUCUGCUACCUUGGAGCACCAUCACUUUAAUCAUGCCGUGAUGAUUCUGCAAAGUGAGGGUCACAACAUCUUUGCUAAUUUAUCUUCCAAGGAAUACAGUGACCUCAUGCAGCUUUUGAAGCAGUCCAUACUGGCAACAGACAUAACUCUGUAUUUUGAAAGGAGAACUGAAUUCUUUGAACUUGUCAGUAAAGGGGAUUAUAACUGGAAUGUCAAAACCCAGCGUGAUAUAUUUCGAUCAAUGCUAAUGACAGCCUGUGACCUUGGAGCUGUGACCAAACCGUGGGAGAUCUCCAGACAGGUGGCUGAACUAGUAACCAGUGAGUUCUUUGAACAAGGAGACAGAGAGAGAGCUGAACUCAAACUCACCCCUUCAGCUAUUUUUGAUCGAAACCGAAAAGAUGAGCUGCCUCGGUUACAAUUGGAAUGGAUCGAUAGCAUCUGCAUGCCUCUGUAUCAGGCCUUAGUAAAAGUAAAUGUGAAAUUGAAGCCCAUGCUGGAUUCUAUUGCUGUGAACAGGAGUAAAUGGGAAGAGCUGCACCAGAAAAUGUUGCUUUCUCAGACACCUCCGCCUUCUUCCUCUUCCAGCCUCACUGUGUCAGUGGAAGAUAUCAAUUAA